CCUUGCUUAAAUCACCAGCUAUUCUGUUUCAGAACACCACUCUGUUCGCGUCAGUAUGAUUUGUGCACUUAAAGUGGUAAUGUUCGGGAUAUACAUCAUGUUAUUCACAAAUCAGAUAUUGGCUGUGCCACAACAAACUGAAAUAAUUGAAUACCUCAACGCCACCAUUGGAGAAAAUGUGUUAUUUUCAACAAAUUUAACAAUCACAAUGCUACAGUCAGUCCAAUGGAAGUACAAUUGUGAGGAAAAUCAAAUAAGUAUCGCAAUGUCCAGUUUUCCUGAACAAAACUUCAGUGAUGUCUUUCAAAAUUACAGUCAUCGAGUGAAGGCUUUCAGUAAUGGUUCAUUUUUAUUGUCAAAUGUUCAGCAAAAUGAUACAGGAUGUUACACAAUGAUACUGGUAAAUACUGAAGGAAAAGAGGUGACAAUAAGGAAAAUAUUGUUAGUCUUUGAAGCAGAACAAAAGAAAUCACACGAGAUUAAAAAUGGAGCAAAUACUUCAAGAAAUAUUGACAACACAACUUGGAAUGUCCGUGGCAUUGUGAUUGGUGUCUCCGUGCUUGGAACUUGUGUAAUCUGCGCAGUAGUUAUAUAUUUCAUAAAGAAAAGGAAACAAGAAAGUACAGAAGCUGGUGUGAAGAACAAUGAGAAUUUAAAUAGCAACACUCCAAUGGUCGUUUAUUCAACUUAUGUAGGAACGUAUCCUAACUAUGGGAAGUCACGUCAAAAUACUUUGAAUCAAACGUGACAAGGACCUUGCUGUGCAAUGGUAUUUAAAAACAAACAGUGGAGACUCAAUCAUCUGCAUUCCCAUUUUACACCUUCUUCAUUAUUCACAAGAAAUCUUGGCAAGGACAAACAUCAUGGAAAUAACUAAAAGAUCAGAUGCCCCUGCAUCCACAUUCUGGUGGAUCCAUCAUUCUCCUGAGGCAAUGGAAAAUGUUUCUCCAAAAUGGAGCUGCUGCAAAGAUGAUAUCACAUUCGUACCUUCACUAAUUCUGUUAGUGAUUGUCAUGGCAUUGAGCUUUGGACAGAUUUCUGUUUACAUGGAGCUAGAAUUAAAUGGGCUCCUGGGCUGGUUAGCAGCAAAAUGUGGAGGGCUAAUUUAAAGCUAACACACCUAGUAGACAAACAGAUAUGACCAUUUUAAAUUACCAAUUCGCACCCUCCCAAGAUGUCAAUGGUAAGUAAAUUCAGGAGAUAUGCAAAACAAUUAGUUGAUAUGAUCACAUCAUUGGGUUAAGGCUCUUCCAUGUUGAAUCUAACACUACCUAAUACAAUCACAAGCUAGCUUUAUAUUCAUAUAUUGCCUCCGCCAAACAGGACCAGUAAACAGACAUGCAUUGACAAUAAAGCUGCUGACUCUACCCAUCUGAUUCUACCCCUUUGGCUCAGGGUCUUAAGGUUAUUAGUGAGACCAUGUUUUUCCUAUCUUCCUAAAUUACUGGCAGAUCCACAAGAAAAGGUGUUGAUACAGGACAGAAUUGAAGCUGACAACUAUAUUGUAAAAGAAAUCCACAAAUGAGAAUACUUUUUUGUGGAGGUCACCGGUACCUAAGAAACAACACAUUCAAAUUCAAAUCAGGUUUAAUUGCUGCAUUCUCAAAUCUGUGCUGAUUUCGUCUACCUGCCUGAAGAGAGUCCCUUAUGUAAGAGAAUCAAGCAUUUGCAAAGUUCUGCGAUACCAAUACAUGGCACAUCAUUAAAAAGGAAGUGGCCUGGAUAUUCCAAUGGCCAGAGAAUCAGAGCAGACGGGAGUUACACUUUUAAAACUUGUAGAAUCCCAGACACAGCCGACACCGUGAGAAGCCUCCAGUGGGCAGUUCCCCUGAAUCUUUCUGAAAUACCCCUCGAUCAUCAAGAAUUCAGAGAAUUUGGCUUCCAUUAAGCUGAUAGUUACCCAGGAAAACUGUGAGAAUGAGGAACCAACUGUAACCUCUUGGUAACUAUUAAAGUCACCACGCAAUCCCCAAACCACGCCUCCCCCAAAUGCCAAACAAGACCCAAGCCACCACAAUUCUAUUCCCUUCUCACAAUCAGUCUGAACAUGCAACAGUCCUGAUGCCACACUCUGCCCAUAGCCACAACCAGCCAGAAUGUUUGGGACCCAACAUGAUCUGUCCAUCAUCAUCCCAUGCUCCCCAAACUUCACUAUGGCCAGUGCCCUUCACCUGUCAGUCCAUGAAGGUACCUACACAUUGGCCCUGAUGCCAUCCUUAUCCACAAGCCCUCCAUCUGCCCCAACAGCCACCACCCACCUGCCUUAACACUCACCCUCGCUCACCAACCCAGAUAUCCCCCAUCCUCACCUACCCUAAGAUUCCUCAUUCACCUGCCUUAAUGCUCCAUCUUGCCCACCAGCCUCACAUCAAUCACUUACAUGGCACUCUAUCCACUUGGCAUCCUAACCCUUUAGCUAACUAUACCCUACUACCACAUUUACAUGCUCACCCUUUCACAACAGCAGUCAAAGGGUCUGAUAGCUGCUGGGCAUUUAAAUCUCAGAAGGUGGCAAAGGACUGUCGCAGAAGAGAGUGUGGUUUAACUUCCCCUAUCUAUCCUGUAUUGUGCAAUAAUGAGGUUCAUUUUAGCUGCACGCUGUAUUUCAGCAGGAGCCAAGAUCAGAAUUCACAUCUAGAAAUAUGUAGCUCAAUACUAAUGUUAAAAAGAAAGUGGACUGUGGUCGCUACUCCUUGGAAUCUCCAGUGUUUUCUAAACUGAUCAGAUUUAUAGCACUGAUAAAGAUGUUUAUGGAAUUAUCAUCAAUUUUAAUUUGUGCAUACUUGUAUUUAACAUAAUUUAAGAUACAAUUAUUAGAGUAGUGAGGUGACUCUGGUAUAAAAACAGCAAGAGAUGGAACAAACACGGAUGGUAAGAAAGCGUCGAUGCAGAGAGAGAAACAGAGUUAACAUUUCAAGGCUAUGACCUUUCUCCCACUUCUGAUAAAAAGUGCUGCCUAAACUGCUGAGUUAUUUUUUCCAGCAUUUUCUGUUUUUGUUUUAAGUUUUCAGCAUCCACUUUUCUGAUGUAAUCCUGGCCUUGGAUCUCUUGCUUGAAGGUGUUACUCCUAAUAACAGAUUUGCCAAGUCAUGGUAUCAAAUUAUUCCAAGAUGUGAGUGUUAUAAACUGGGCUGCAUGAAUAUUCGCAUGGAGAUACUCAAUAUUUGGAACUGAUUUUUGUUUUUGCCAGCUAUUUUGCUGAAGUUACUAACCUUUUCAUUUUUGAUGGUUUAGUGAUUCUCUUAAAGUGCGAACAGGAGAAUUUGAAGCAAAAAGUUGAAGUAUCAGCACAUAAAAUGUCAACUCCCAAUUUCAAGGGAUAUGAUUAUUAAAUGUUCUAUUGGUUUUCUAACAUUGCUUACUGUUAGUCUUUGUGAAAUUGAAAGUGCUACCCUUUGUUUUAAUGUACAGUUUGGUUUUACUAAUCUUUCAUAUUUUACUCAGUUGUUAAGAUAUUUAUGUUCAAUAAAAGUUCAGUAAACGUUAA